UUGUUUACACACGUGCUUGCGAAUGGAUUAUUGUUUAGAUUUGAUCUAAUUACAUUUAAUUUUAAAAUGAAUGAAAGAAAAUUAACGAGGAAUUUAUCACCGCUGCCAAAAAUCGUAAAAUCGGAACCACUUCCGAAUAUCAAGUCAAAAAAAUCACGCAAGAAAUCACAAAAAAUCAAAAUUGUAGAAGGUAACCGAAGGAAUUUAGAAAAUGAAGAAGAAGAAGAUAAAGAAAUUCAGCAAAAUAUAUUUUCUAUAAGUGGAAGACUUCACGAUUUGGAUAAAGAUGGUGAUUCUGAAGUUAAAAGUAUUGAGGAAAUAUCAAACGACGAUCAAAAUAGACAAUUGCCUGUUAAGCCGAAAAGAACUAAAAAAAGCCGUAGUAAACAUGGUCCAUCUCAGGAAGUAGCUAAUGAGAAUUUAGCAGAAAAUCCUGAAAACAGAGAACAACAGACUAAUAUAUCAACAGAAAAUCAGAAAGAUAGAAGAAGUUCAUCCAUAGGUUUAAGUGGAAAAUAUCCACAACAUAGACAGAGUCAGUCAGUUGGAAAACUUUUUGUGGAACAUAAAAAUAAAUUUAUAUCAGUAGAUCAGUCGGAAGAAAACGAAGACUCAAAUAAAAUUAAAUCAUACUCUCCUCCCUCACAAUUAGCAUUAGACGUGGCCAUAAAAAAUCAGAAAUAUUUUUGUAUUGUCGGAACUUUCUGCUGCGGUCUGCUGGCCGGAAUAGGACUGUGGCAGUGUGUCAUUCCAUAUCAGUCGGAUCCUCCGGAAAAAGACAUUCACAGUUAUCUUAAUUAUUGUAAAAGAUGGAUAUUACCUUUUCAAUCUUUAUUUUUUUCACUUUUGGUAAUUUCUACAAUAUUUGCUUUUGAUAGAUACGAUCUGUUUCAUCUACGGUGGAAUACGAUAAAAAAAUCAUUCGUCUGUCAAAAUGGGCUUGUCAUCGUUAUUAUAUAUCCUGUGACUUUAAUAUUAUCUCUUAGCGUAAUUGGCAUCGAUAACAAAAUUUCUCUUUACGAAAAGAAUUCGUCUUUGUGGAUAUCCAUGAGUCAUCAAGAAAUGGUCGACGAAGUUGUCUACUGGAGAAACAUGAACACCGCUCGAUGUACCGGAGCGGUACUAGGUUGGAUUAUAGUCGCUAUCCUGCCCAAAAAAGACUACUUUGGGGAAUUCCUGAAAAGAAUUCGAGAAGAGGACGACAGUAUUCCCGACACGUCUCGAUCCGAAAAUCAAUGCGGAUCGGUAUAGAUAAUAAAUAAU